GCGGUCACGUGAAAGCCCCCGUCACGUGACAGGAGUGGACCGCAGCAGAAGUAAAAUGGCUGCGACCGGGGAUGAAGCUGCAGCAAUGGACAGCAUCUCCAGGGAGCCAGCGAGCCUCUCGGCGACACUGAACGCCGCCGGCAGCAGCGGGGCGCCGGCGGAACGCCUGGAGGGGGAGGCGAAAAACCCGGUGAUCGCUCCGAAGAAAACCGGCGCCAACAGUGAUGGUGGUGUGGAAACUGCAGAGGAGGCUGUGGAGCCCGCAGAGCCAGAUAUCAACGAGCUGUGCUCCGAUAUGUUUGAAAAGAUGGCCGUCUUCCUUCAAGGAGAGCUAACAGCCACCUGUGAAGAUUACCGUUUGUUGGAGAAUAUGAACAAGCUUACAAGUCUGAAGUAUAUGGAAAUGAAGGACAUUAGUAUCAACAUUAGCCGCAACCUACAAGAUCUCAACAACAAGUGCUCCACUACCUCCAGAGAUGUACACCUGAAGUUAGAAUCCCCAGUUUUCUAUCUUGCUUUAAGACCCAUAGGGCUUCAGUCACAGUCACCCAUGCACACACGCAUUCACACACUGACGGCGACUCCGCUGCUCAACACUGGAACAAUAUGGGGUUCUUUGCCCAAGGGAACUUUGAUCAAAUACUACUCACAGUAAAUUAGGGAUCUUGUGAAAAACUCACAAUACACAUAGUGUUUGUUUGACUUCACAGAUUUUGGGAUAGGGGGAUAAAUACCUCAUUUAUUGUUUUUCACACAAUACUCUCACUGGUGUCUUACUUUUUCGAGCAAAAACCAACAAAAUCUAAAAGAAAACCUAAUCAAUGUAGCUUCAGUGUCAUUCUGUUGGUAUAAAAGUUGAUUUUGUCAGUAAGUCAUUCCAAGUUCAUCAUUCAAACAGACACAAAGACGUCACUCCACCUGAUCAUAGCACCUUCAGGUAGAUGGUAAACAGUCAGAUGCUGCAGGUGAACUUGGUGAGUCUCAAAGUGUCAUCAGGAGACUCAUCAAGACUCAGAACUGGUGUCAGAGUUUGUGACAGACUCAGGAGUGAAGCCCCCCCUAGCGACAGACCACAACCAUGACCAGAACCUGAAGACCUUUGACCUCAGACAUGGUUUAGCAAACGGCACACAGCUGUAGGCCGUUUUCCAGAUGUGAGGGUUUUCAAGGGUUUACAUUCACAACCGACUCCACUGCUUUGACUGGAAUAACAGACGACUGUUGCAGGUGACUCCACUGACACCAAGACAUCACUGUGAACGUUUGCAGUAGACCAUGUGACCUGGACAAUGUAGCAAUGGUCUACCAUGCUGUUCACUGAUGGUCACCUUGGACAGAAAUGAUGAUCGUCUGGAUCAUCAUUUCUGUCAUCAGGGUUGGCUUUGGUGUAGGAAGUAUAACAGUCUCGACAGACAUCACCAGUCAGAGCUAAACAGAUUUGGUAGAUGAACCAGUCACUGCAUGUUCUUAUAAACACAUCAUAGAACCAUCAUCCACCAAUUCCUCCACAGAACCCCCAACUUAUUGUUCAGGGAUGGUAAUGCUUCACCACAUGGAGCCAGAGCUGUCCCAGCUGGACUUCAGGAAGAGGGAGUGCCUCAUAUGGUCUGACCAGCAAUGACCUCUGACCUGAACCCCAUAGAGCACGUCUGGGACCAGUCACUGGAUGAUUGGACCCCACCCCCAAGUGACCUGGCAGAACUACACGUAGAACCUGUGGAAGAAUAGAGCACAUUGCCUCAGAAUAACGUCAUGAAUCUCGUGAGGAACAUGAGAUGUCUCUGUUGUUGCUACAAAUGGAAAAAAAUAUUGACAUGGUCAAUUUUUACUAUUUGGGACUGUCUUGACUAUUUUCUUCAUUUUUAGGGUAAUAAAUAGCAAACUAAUGAAAAUGGUGUUUCUUCUUAUUCAUUAUUACCAUAGUAAUGGCAAAGGGAACUUUUACAUAUUUUUUUCAAAUUUAGACCAAAUAUGAAAAGCACUCAUGGAAAUAGCAAUAUUCCUAACUUAUCGUGAGUAGUGUAGGUCAACCGCUCUAUGUAUCCACUGCAUCCAUAUUUAAGUUGUGUAUUUUUUCUAAUACUUGAAAACAUUGUAUAUAUUAAACUUCUGGUUGUUCA